GUUCAGAGACACCACGUGCCUCGCUACCACACCAAAAACACACAAAAGCGACAAUGAAAGUACUGGUUGUGCUGUCUGCCGCUCUAGCGCUUGCGGCUGCUCUUCCUCAGAGAAAAGUAUCCUUAAAGCCCGAAGACCAAGCGGCCGCUGAGCAGAAUUACAAUAACUAUGUACAACAACAAGACUACAAACAACCAAUACAAGACUUCAGACCUAAAGUCCAAAUUGAUACCACUACUUUCAUCCCUAUCAUCCAUUUCGACAAGGAACAAGACACCGAUGGUAGCUAUAGAACAUCAUACGAAACCGGUAACAACAUCCACGCCCAAGAAGAAGGCUAUUUGAAAGAUGUUUCUAAUAGUGAUAACGAAAAAAUUUCUGCUCUCGUACAACAAGGCUCAUACUCCUACACAGCUCCUGACGGCCAGAUCAUCAAUGUUGAAUAUACUGCCGAUGAAUUCGGUUUCCGAGUAAAGGGUGACCAUAUCCCAACCCCACCACCAGUAUCUCCUGAAAUUCAAAAGGGUCUUGACCUUAUUUACGCUGGAAUUAAGGCUAACGAGGAACGUGCGGCUUAUGAAGCUAAGAAUGACCCUGAAGCAUCAAAACUGAACCAAGAGAAAUCUGCUCUGAACUACAAAGGUCUUUACUACCAGCAGUAAAAAAAGUGACUAUUUGCAGUGAACUGAGUGACUUUAUCCUUUCCACCAAGUAAUAGUGAUGUUACAUUAUAUGUUAUAUUGUGGUUAUUCACCUACAAGUGCUCUGUGAGCAUGUCGAAAGUCAUUCGUUUUAGAUAGAUAAUUAUUGUUGAACUGAAAUGUGCAGGAAAUAUUCCAGAGUACAUAAUACGCUAGUUGUAAUGUAAUGUAACAGACUGUUUUAUAAUGCCAUUUAAAGUAUUUAGGAAGACAUUUUUAAAAUAUUGUGUAAUGGAGUUUUUCAUUUCUCAGAAUGUUUUGAAACUGUCUUAAUAUACUUUUAACAUAUUUUACAUGUAAUAAUGAACGAGAUACUCAUUCUUCCCUUUAGUCUUACCGAAUUGUUGUUGGUUUUUGUUUUAUAUGUUAAACAAAAGCCAGUAGUUGUAUUCUAUCAGUAUAACCUCUAUACUUUUGUACAUAUCUUUUUAUAAAUUAUCAGUAACUUGAUAUAAUAAAGUGUUAAAAUUUAA